AUGGCUUCAAAUUUUAAUGACAUUGUCAAGCAGGGAUAUGUGAAGAUUCGGAGCAGACGUUUAGGGAUUUACCAAAGGUGCUGGCUUGUGCUAAAGAAGGCAUCAAGUAAAGGUCCCAAACGACUGGAAAAGUUUUCAGAUGAACGAGCUGCAUAUUUCAGAUGUUAUCAUAAGGUAACAGAUCUCAGCAAUAUAAAGAAUGUGACAAGGAUACCUAAAGGCACUAAGAGGCAUGCAAUACUAAUCAUUUUCAGCGACGAUACCUCAAAAACCUUUGCAUGUGAAUCAGAGCUUGAGGCAGAGGAAUGGUGUAAACUCCUACGUAUAGAGUGCCUGGGAAGCAGAGUCAAUGAUAUUACUCUUGGAGAGCCUGAUUUACUGACUGCUGGAGUUCAAAGAGAGCAAACAGAAAGGUUCAAUGUAUAUUUGAUGCCCUCUCCUAAUCUGGACGUGCACGGAGAAUGCACAUUACAAAUAACAUACGAGAACAUCUGUCUUUGGGACAUCCAUAACCCGAGACUAAAGCUGGUCUCUUGGCCUCUUAGUGCCCUUAGGCGAUAUGGACGGGACCCCACAUGGUUUACGUUUGAAGCAGGCAGAAUGUGUGACACAGGAGAAGGACUAUUUACUUUUCAAACAAGAGAAGGUGAGGCAAUUUAUCAGAAAGUUCACUCCGCUGCACUGGCCAUUGCUGAGCAACAUGAGCAGAUGCUACAGAGGGAGAAAAACUCACGGCAUCAGAUCAAAGGGAAUGAAAGGACAGCUUCGCUGGACACAAUAAUGCCUCUUCCUCGUAGUGCCUACUGGCAACAUAUUGCAAGACAGCACAGUGUAAACCAGCUUCACAUCUUUGAAGAUGACUCUUAUCCAGUGAGGAUUCCACGUGCAGAAACCAUCCCCAGUUACAGCUCACAGCAUUGACAAAAACUUCCGAAUGGUGGAACAUUUUCUGGUGGCUUUGCUCCAAACUGUG